GUCCGCCAUUGCGUUACGUAUUUCUUUCCCUUGAGUUGCGACUCGGUAGUGGUGCGGGUUGUCGAAGCUAACUGGAAAUUACGGUCGUGCCUGCAGAGCAACAAUGGUGAAGAUAUUUAUUGGGAACCUGGCUGAGGAGACUGGCAGGGAUGAAAUAGAGGCCCUCUUUACCCCGUAUGGCACAUUGACGGAAUGUGCCAAAUACAAAAACUAUGCCUUCGUCCACAUGGAUGACCGCAAGGCAGCCACCAAAGCCAUACGUGAGCUCCAUCUUCGUAAACUUAACGGGAGGCCCAUGAAUGUGGAACCCAGCAGAGGGAACAGUCAGGGUCCUGUCAAGCUUCACAUUGCCAAUGUGGAAAGGGGCUAUGAGAAAGAGCUACAAGAGCUCUUUGAAGAGUAUGGCACAGUCACAGAGUGUGCCAUCGUGAAGAAUUUUGCUUUUGUUCACAUGGCCAAUUCUGACGAGGCCAUGGAUGCCAUAAAGGGUCUAGAUAACACGAUGUUUCAAGGUAAUUACAUACAUGUUCAGUUGUCAAGAAGCAAGCCUGCAUGGGCUCAAGCAGAGGAGGACUAUCCACCACCACCACCACCGCCGCCACCUGGCAGAGGAGGCUAUUAUCCACCACCUCCUCCUCCUCCUCGCUUUCAUCCUGAGCCUCCCUAUGGAGGCCGCAUGUCUGCUUACCCGCCUCCACCCCCCCCACCACCUCCUCCUAGACGACCCAUGUAUCCAGACCGCGGCUAUGGCGAGCGAGAAGGCUAUAGAGUGGUGGAUUACUAUGAGAAAUUCAGAGCCCGCCCUUAUGGUGCCCCAGGUUAUGAAGAAAGGCGCUCUGGUGCCAUCCCUCCACCGCCGCCUUCGGGAAUGGUUAGAGAGCGUGUUGCGAUGAGCUCCCAUGAUCCUUACGACAGGCGGCCUCCUCCCCCUCCUGCUAUGCCCUAUAUGGCCCGCGAUCGCAGCCCCAUUAGACGAGCCCCACCUCCUCCUGCUCCCCCUGCUCCUGUGGCUGGCAAUGGGUACUCCUACGAGCGCACCCGUUUCACUCCGCAGACAAAGCCUCAGGGGUACGCACCCCCAUACCCCAGGGCCAGCUAUGCACAAAGCGGUCACCCUCCUCCAAUGCCGCAGCCCAACUAUGGUGCCUACCAGGCCCAUGGAGUUUAACACAGAGGUUUAGAAUAUGACGAGAACGCCGUCUGCUGAUGCGCAUGGUGCUAUACGCUCCCCCCCCCUUGUGUAUGGUGGAUUGCGUUGCGUUCGCCGGAGACUUACUGGAAGAUACUGUAUUGCGGACGGCGCCGUUCUUAAAAACAAAACAAAAAAACUGCGAUUCUUUGUUGCAUUCACGUAUUCCUCUGAGCUGUCAAUGCUUUUUCUGUUCCUCUGUUUUUCACUUUUCAAAUUCAGAUUGUUUGGGUUUCACUGCUUAGUCUAGUUCAGUGUGACACGCUAUUAUUACCUAUUUAAUAAUGGCAGAAAAACAUGAUUCAAAUUGGAAUACAUCCAGUCUUUGUAAACAGAAAUAUAGUUGCCAUUGUUUAGAUUAAUUUGAUUUUUUUUCCAUCAAAAUCACGUUUUAAAAAGACUUCAGCGAGUGUUUCUAUUCAGAUUGUGUGGCGCUAUUUAAAAACGAUUUCUUUUUCGACUUGUACGCAUGUAAACUCAAAAUUUUAGUUUGGAUUUUUUUUCCCCCUUUUUACAUUUUGUUAGUGUAUUAGAUUAUACAGCAAAGUUAUGUAUGAUUUUAUUUAGAAGUUGCUUUUUUCCCCCUUUCAUUUGAAGUUUUUUAAUAAACAUAUGAAACACAAAACGAGAAGUUUUAACUGUCAAGUCAUUGCUCAGGCCGAGGUCUUAAUCACAGCGUGGAGAUGCUUUUGCUAUCUGUCCUCAUCAGUUUGAAGCUCGACACAGGGUAGGUUGUUCAACCUGAACGUUGCGAAAUGUCUUUUGUUUUCAUUUUGUCAACUGAGAUUUUAUCCUACGCUUUUCAAAUUACCUAGCUGGGCGCUAAAAGAAAAUAAGCUUGCGCUUUGAGUCACUUGUUAUGCUACCUAGUCAUUGCGAAUAUGAAUAUACUGUAUAUUCUACUUAAGUAGAACAAUAAUUCAAGCUUUGCUCCUGGUCACGUUCAUCUUUUACAGUGACUUUAUGAUAUUUAGUAAAUGUUUCGUUUGUGUCCAUCAUCCUAAUUUGCGUGAUAUCUUGAUGUUCUCAGUUUCUGUGCUUGUCUUAGACUCUGCAGGUGACCCCAGAUCAUGGAAGCUAAUGUCUUUCCACAUGGAGGAGACCGAUCCAUUUUAAAGGUUGUCUUUGUUGCUGGGAUUCAAUUCAGAGUUGGACGUUUUUGGGCACCUUGCACUGAAGGAAGCCUGGAGACCCGAUGACCUCAAAUUAAGGUUCUGGAGGAGGAAUAAUGUUUUUGUGCAUUCAGUGACGUUCACACUGCACCAUUCAAGUUGAUAUGCAUAGCGUAUGUGUUUUAUAGAAAAUUACCUCUACAGUGUGAAAUACCAUCUUUGAUAUGAGGAUGACACGUCAAACAAGGUUAUUUUUAAUGCUUUUUUUUUUAUUUGACAAUGCACCUUUUUGAUUUUUUUCAAAUUUCAGACUGACAAGAUGUUUAAAAAAAAAAAUAUAUAUAUAUAUAUAUAUAUAUAUAUAUAUAUAUAUAUAUAACAAUGCCGGCCUUUGUCACUCUUGUGUGAAUAUAAAGAUACACAGUUUAGCGAUGCUGAGUCUCAUUUGAAUGAAGAGCUGCUUUAAAAUAUGUGCUGAUCUGUGGCUAGUACUUGCAAAGCACUAACAAAGUGUAGGUUAAACAGCUUUCAAACAAACUUCACAGUAUACAGUAUGUAUAAGUACAGGAUACACUACAUAAAGAUCACAGCUUUACAAUAUGAGUUCAUAAUUAACAGGACUUGUACAAGAAGCCCAGUAAACCAACAGGAUGUCAUCAAGAUCAGAAAGUGGCUAAAUGAAAGGAAAACUAAGUCACAGAGAGGGUAGAGUGUUGAGUGAAUGACACAUGAGAGUCUCAUCUGUCUCCAAAGGGUCUUGGAUUUCUGGUUUGGGUAUCAGCUGGGAUCCUGUGUCCAUGACUGGCACGGUGCUGGGCUGACAUGCGCAUGUCUCCCUAGAUGGAGGCGCUGGCAGGACGUCCAACUCCACCUCAAAGCUCCCUUUGGCCUCGCCGGCCUCCCUGACGAUCAGUAUCUCGUACUGCCCGAACCGGACCAGGGCCUUAUUCGGGAGAUCCACCCUCUCCAAGAAGUCCAGGGCUAAGCUGUUAACGUACACCUUUGCCACCUGAGACAAGUUCUGAAGGGUGAACAGCAUGUCUUGACUCUGAGGUGUGCGGUAAGCAUGGAGGGCCAGCUGCUUGCGGGACACCCUGCGGUCGACCAGAGAAAAGUUGCAAACCUGGGUAUCCCGUCCUAAACGGAGAGGCUCAUCUGCACAGUGUUUACUUCUGUUGCCCAGAUGGAGCAAACUGUAAAAACCUUUAGUGUUCUGCUGGGGGUGGUAGAACUUGAUGUGGAGGCAAGUCAAAAGAUCCUCUUCUGUCUCCAUUGUCUCAGAAACACUCAUUUUGAAUAAACUGGACAAAAAUAUUGACACAAGGUGUUAGUUUAGGCUUACUGUAAAAGGUGAAUAUUCAUUUCUCCUCAUUGUGUUGCUCUUACCUUGUUUUGGCUCCUCAAAUGUAAAGAUGACCGAAGAUGAAUGAAGAACUGCAACUUGCUUUUGUCCUGUCUGUACUAGUGACAUUAAAGCUGAAUUCUGCUGCA